AAAGAAGCCUUUUGACACAGAUGUCCUUAGAAGUAAUAUGGAUCAGUCCGGAGUUCUCCUCUGGGUGAAAGCAGAACCCUUUAUAGUGGGCACCUUGCAGAUACCUCCUCCGUCCAAGUUCAGCCUUCAUUAUCUCAGGAAGAUAGCCACUUAUGUGAGAACCCGAGCCACAGAGGGUGCUUACCCACGUCUCUGCUGGUCUACGUGGAGACACAUUGCAUGUGGGAAGCUGCAGUUGGCUAAGGACCUGGCGUGGCUUUACUUCGAAGUAUUUGAUAGUCUUGUGGUGAGGACACCGGAGGAGCGUCUGGAAUGGUCUGAGGUUAUAUCCAACUGCACGUCUGAGGAUGAAGUGGAAAAGCAAAGGAAUCAGCUUUCUGUGGACACUCUGCAGUUUCUGCUCUUCUUAUACAUACAGCAGUUAAACAAGGUCUCCUUGAGGACAUCUUUGAUUGGGGAAGAGUGGCCUAAUCCCAGAAACCGAUCUCAGUCUCUGGACCUGACUGAAAAAGCCAGCGGUCAUAAUAAGAACUGGAAUGAUUACAGUCACCAGGCUUUUGUGUGUGAUCACUUGUCAGAUCUCCUUGAGCUGCUUUUAGAGCCAGAACAACUCACUGCAUCCUUUCAUUCGACCCAUACUAGUCUAGUGUCUCGUGAAGCUGCUGUGGCACUCAGCUUUCUUAUUGAAGGUACAGUGAGCAGAGCCAGGAAGAUCUACCCAUUUCAUGAACUUGCACUGUGGCAGCCACUGCAUGCAGCAAGUGGCUUCUCAAAGAUCUCUAAGACCUUCUCUUUCUACAAGCUAGAAGCCUGGCUGAGAGCCUCUUUAACUGGAAAUCCAUUUGGUACCUCCGCUUGUCUCAAGUCUGGAAAGAAAUUAGCAUGGGCUCACCCAGUUGAAGGGACAACCAAAAGAGCUAAGAUUGCUUGUAAUACUCAUGUGGCCCCUAGGAUGCACCGCAUGGUGGUAAUGAGUCAGGUUUACAAGCAGACAUUGGCCAAGAGCUCAGAUACUCUGGUAGGGGCACAUGUAAAGAUUCAUCGAUGCAACGAAUCUUUCAUCUACCUGCUCUCUCCUUUACGAUCUGUGACAAUUGAGAAGUGCAGGAAUAGCACCUUUGUCUUGGGCCCUGUGCAGACUGCUCUUCACAUCCACAGCUGUGACAAUGUUAAAGUUAUUGCUGUCUGCCAUCGUUUGUCCAUCUCUUCCACAACUAGUUGUGUCUUUCACAUUCUGACUCCUACGCGCCCACUUAUUCUCUCUGGCAACCAGGCGAUAACUUUUGCCCCUUUUCAUACCCAUUACCCAAUGCUGGAGGAUCAUAUGGCCAGGACUGGCCUUGCUACAGUGCCUAACUAUUGGAAUAAUCCAAUGAUUGUGUGCAGAGAGAAUAACCACACGAGUGUCUUCCGGUUUUUACCACCUUGUGAAUUCUAUGUAUUCAUUAUUCCCUUUGAAAUGGAAGGGGACACAACAGAGAUACCUGGGGGUCUCCCAUCUGCAUACCAGAAAGCACUGGGUCAGAGAGAACAGAAGAUACACAUCUGGCAGAAAACUGUAAAGGAGGCUCGUCUGACAAAGGAUCAAAGGAAGCAGUUUCAAAUACUCGUGGAGAACAAGUUUUAUGAGUGGUUAAUUAACACAGGGCAUCGCCAACAGCUGGACAGUCUUGUGCCCCCUACAGCAGGCUCCAAGCAAGCAGCAGGGUAGGAUGGCCAUAUCCAAACACAGGG